CGGAUGGGCGGCGGGAUGGAGCCGGGGCCGGGGCCGGCGGAGGGGCUGCUGCUGCAGGAGGCGCGCGAGAGCGUGGAGGCGGCGCGCACGUACGGGCGGGAGCUGCGCCAGCGCCUGAAGGGGCUGCACCUGGCGCGCCGGCAGAUCCAAGAGAGCGCAGCCCUGACGAGGGAUGUCCUCGAGCAGCAUUUCAACGACCUGAAAGGGACCCUGAGGAAGCUGCUGGAUGAGCGGCUGGUCUCUUUGUUGCAGGAAGUGGGUGCCAUCGAGCAGGAGAGCAUCAGGCCCCUGGACGAGUGCCAGAAACUGAUAGAGCACGGAGUCAGCACGGCUGACGAACUUGUCCGGGAAGGUGAGAAUGCUAUCCACGGAGCCACAGGGGAGAACAGUGACAAACUGUGCAGUUUUACCAAAAAGGCUUUGCAUAUUCAGCUGGACAGUUUGCCAGAAGUGCCCACGUUGGUUGAUGUUCCUUGUUUAUCUGCCCAACUGGAUGACUCCCUUCUUACGAUUGUGAAAAGUGAGAUCUUCAAGCAUGGAACAGUAGCAUCACGGCCGCCAGUCCAGAUUGAAGAGCUUAUAGAGAAACCUGGGGGUAUCCUAGUGCGAUGGUGUAAGGUUGAUGACGACUUCAUACCACAAGACUACCGGCUUCAGUAUUGCAAGAGUAACGCUAACCACUUUGAAGAUGUGUAUGUCGGCUCCGAAACAGAAUUCAUAGUCUUGCACAUUGACCCCAAUGUCGAUUAUCAGUUCAGAGUUUGUGCGAGAGGAGAUGGUCGGCAGGAAUGGAGUCCCUGGAGCGUUUCUCAGAUUGGUCGUACCACGUUAGUGCCUCAUGAAUGGGCACCUGGUUUUGAUGGCUAUAGCCUGAGUAGCCGAAGAAACAUCGCACUCCGGAACGACUCACAGUCUGGCGGGGUGCUGUACUCCAAGGCUCCAACCUACUAUUGUGGCCAGACAUUGACAUUCCGAAUUGAAACAGUUGGCCCGCUGGACAAAAAAGACAGUAUAGGCGUUUGUGUGGAGCAGCAGAAUGGCUGUGAUUCUUUGCAGCGGGACAAAGCAGUGUGUGUGAGCACAAACGGCGCUGUAUUUGUGAAUGGCAAAGAGAUGACCAACCAGUUGCCUGCAGUGACUUCAGGAUCAGCUGUGACAUUUGACAUGGAAGCUGUGAAUCUGGGUCCUUCCAACAAUAACGAAGGGGGGAACUUCAAACUUAGAGUCACGAUCAGUUCUAACAACAGGGAAGUGGUCUUUGACUGGGUGCUUGAUCAGUGCUGUGGUUCUUUGUAUUUUGGAUGCUCAUUCUCCUACCCGGGCUGGAAAGUCCUGGUGUUCUAGCCUCCGAAACAAUGAUUAACUUGCGUCCCUCUGCAGCCGGACUCGGUGAGGCCAUCGUUUGCUAGAGCAGGCUCCUAAACUGUGUGUGGUUUUUAGUACACUGGGAUAAGUCUGGGUGGGAAUGAGCCCCAGAACAAAAACCUGUCCUAAGUGAUAAAAUUACUUGAACUCUGUCCUCUUUACUGGAUUCACUGAAUAUCGAGGUGAAACAUUGAGAAUAAUCUGGAAUAUUAAGUAGAUUUUCAGGGCUGAAACCAAUUCACCUGUUCAGAUUUUUUUCCGGAGGUGGGGGAGACCCAGUGCUGAUCCUGUCACUGUGUUCUUAUCUAUGCAUGGUUAUGCUUACUGUACAGAUUGAAAUUUGCCUAUGCUGCUUGGAUUUUUGGCUCAGGGCUAAUGGACCAAACUCAUACACAUGCUAUCUCACUCAGAGGAAGGUACUGCAACAAUAAACUGUAGCUGCAGAUAGUUUUUGCCGCUUUGAAAUCUGAUAUUGAUGCUUUUUGCCCCUUGGGACGUUUCUUUCCCUCUGGCGGGUGGAACUGCUGUUUUGGUGCAGCAGAGCCCUACACUGAGUUUGCCCUGAUGUACAAUGCCUCUGCCUCUGCUUCUUAACCAUGUGCCUUAGCUGCAGGCUUUUACUGAACAGUAUUGUAUGUAUAAGAGAAUCUGUUUUCCGGUAAUACCUGUUUGGCAACUAGUUCCGUGCCACGGGAUUGUUGGCACUUAGGCCAAGCUUUGGAAUAAACGGUGAAUUCACACUUUUUAAAUUUAAGAAUCGCUGUAGGAAGUCCCACAGGAAGUGCCUCCGCCAUGAUGACGUAACGCAGUUUCAGUGGAACUUCUGCAUUGUUUAGCAAAGUCCUUUUGGGUAAGAAGGUUCGAUAUUGGCUCUGAACAUUUUAGUUGUGGGUUCCCAUCUGGAAAGUGGUCUCGUACAGAAUAACUUGACAUGCUUUUCUUUACUGAUCGAGGCGUUCAAAGAAGAGCCCUGCACUAGCUUAGGAGACGUGGGCAUUGCGGUAUGUGAACGUUCCUGCAGUCAAAGAGGUACCGUAGAGAAAAGGGUACACGUAAAAUGCAUCCAUAGUGAUAUGUUAAUAUCCACCAGUUCACACGGGGUUAAUAGAGGGUCUGUUUAAUGGGGAACAGCGGAUGUAGCGCAGGCAUAGCUUAGGUAGACAGGGCCUGAGACGCAGCCCCCUCCCCGCCUCGCCUCGCCCCAGUUUAUGCCAUUGAAAUGCUUCCUUGUUAAGGUGUUGCUUUUUGUGUGGCUAAGGCCGCUCAGACUAUGUGAAAUGCCACUUCACGAAACCCUGCGGUUAGGAGUCCGUUCAGUCUUGGGUUUCAUAGCAGGUCUUCUGCACUAGCGGUGUCCUAAUUAAUACUGAUUGCGAACUGGUCCCACUCCCAUCCUGGGAGGUAGCUUUCCUGGCCCUGGCUUUGGCUGGAAUGGCCGGAGUUACCAUCUAUCCUUUGCGGGGGGGGCGGGGGGCGGUGUUGAAGAUUUUGUUGCUUUACAAACAAUGGGGAAGCCCCUUGCAGUAAGUAAGGCUGCCUGAGUGCUGCCACGGGAGUCCCAGGGGCCCAUUGGCUGGGCUGCAAGUGGCUGCAAGUGUCCCUUUCAAAAGAGACCUCUGGAGGACUGGACUUGUGCACCCAGCAGGGGCUUUAUCUUUGCCGCAGGCAACCAGGGCUGUUGGGGGCAGCUGGUUUCUGUGCAAAAGGCAUAGCUGGCUGCCCUGGGCGCAGCAGUCCCCUCUGCCUAGUUGAGGCAGAGCAUGUUUACAUUCAAUGCAUGUUUGCAUUGAAAGUUUCUUUCUGUUGUCUUGAACGAUUUGAUAAAAAAGCAGGGUGACUGGUACCCCUUCUUUCUAAAUACAUUUUCCUGAGCCCAGUGCAGCCUAUUCUCUGCCCCCUCCCACCCCUCAAAAUCAAGGCAUACCAAAAAAUAGUCCAUGUAUUGACAAAUCAGUCAUUCCCCCUCCUAUUCUCUUCGUAGCUGUGUCGGCUGAGGAGUUACAGGUAAUCAUGGCUAUGGCUUGGGGCUUUCUCUGUCACAUUUUUGGUCUACAGCCUAUGUACUUGCUUUAGAGACUCCGUGCUAGACUGAAAGUAUCACCUGCUCUAGCACAGGUACAUGUUUUCCACACCAUGAGUGGUUGGGGAAGGAUCGUAACCUUUCCAUUCCACCACAGGAUGUUUUUAUAUGAACCUGAGUAUAUACUUAUUUGUGUGUCUGGGAAUACACCUUGCCCCAAAGGUCUGGCCGGCCCGCCAGAUAUUGUACGUAAAAUGGAAGAGCAGGGGGCACCAGCUUCAUCUGUAAAAUUCGCUGUGUGUACAGCAUGUGCGCUAGGGCUAUUUGUAACGUAAACCUUCAUUCAGACAGUAGUAAAACAAGAUCCUCAUUUUAGAAUUUAUUUUUCAACCCAUUCUUGGAAGGAGUAGCUCCCACUCAGGAACCCGGGAUAAAGAUUUUGACCCGCUUUCUUUUUUUAACGGUGAGGCCCGGCAUUCUUCUAGCGGUGCCUGAUGUUGAGAAAAGGUGGCGGGAUUUGAUGAGCCUUGGAGAGGGAAAAGCUUGUGUAGUUUAAAGAUUUGAUCUUAACGCAGGUCUCCCUAUGUUUAUGUGUCAAAGAGUUUCCAGUAGCUUGGAGUUAUUUUCAUACUUAACAAUUUGUAAAAGUAUUUGUUCCUUUUGAAAAUAUACGGUGUUACUGAAGUAACAGUUCUUGGAGGUGAACUUGGGCUCAAAGUAUGUUUUAUGAAAUGUGUAUUCAUUUACCUCAAAAUAUUUUGUAUCAUGACUUUUAAGUAAGUUUGUCCUUCAUCUGUUUAAUAAAAGU